UUGGAUUCAGCUAUGAAGUUCCUUCUUCAGAUAGUCUUCCUUGUGGCGAUGCUAAUGGCUUUGGUCAUUGCUGAUGCACAAACAGUAAAGAAAAAAGAAUCAGCAUUCCUGAGCACCAUGAAAAGCCAGAACUCUACUAAAAAGCCAGUUACCCCAUCUUCUGAAAGUGAAGAAUUAGCCUCUCUCCGUGGAGCCAAAAGCCUCCAUGGGCAUAAAACUGUGCGUGGAGCCAUGACUUGUGAUAAAUAUCCUAGAGUUUGUCGCACUAAGGGCAGCGAAGGACCUGACUGUUGCAAGAAGAAAUGUGUGAAUGUGUCAACUGACAGAAAUAACUGUGGCAUGUGUGGAAAGAAGUGCAAGUACUCGCAAUUGUGUUGCAAAGGUAAAUGUGUGAAUCCUAUGGUUGACAAGCACCAUUGUGGAAAAUGCGGCAACAAGUGCACCAAAGGGGAUUCCUGCGUUUUUGGUUUGUGUAGCUAUGCGUGAAUGAUUCAUUCCAAUGAAGGACAAUAUUCAAUUAAUUACUUUUCAUCAAAAAAUAUAAUCUAUUAUUUGUAUGUGACUGAAUAAACGGACGA